UGCGCGUAGAGGCGCAUGUACGUCCUCAACUACGUCCGCAAAAGAGAUUCAAAUAUCGGCGCGAGCUUCUCCUGCGAUAUCAGCUUUUCUGAUCCGAACAAAAUGAGUGGUCGCGGAAAAGGAGGUAAAGGACUCGGGAAAGGAGGCGCCAAGCGUCACCGUAAAGUUCUUCGUGAUAAUAUCCAGGGAAUCACCAAACCCGCCAUCCGCCGUCUGGCUCGUCGUGGUGGUGUCAAGCGUAUCUCUGGUCUUAUCUACGAGGAGACUCGCGGUGUGCUCAAAGUGUUCCUGGAGAACGUGAUCCGUGACGCCGUCACCUACACCGAGCACGCUAAGAGGAAGACCGUGACCGCCAUGGAUGUGGUGUACGCUCUGAAGAGACAGGGCCGCACUCUGUACGGCUUCGGAGGUUAAACCUGUUAAUUCAUCUCACAACAACACAACGGCUCUUUUAAGAGCCACCCA